GGCCGGCCUAACUUCAGUAGUCAACGGGAGGUGAACGAAAAAAGUAGCAAAUUUCCUCAGUCAGCUCCUCCUGUGGGCAGUCAGCCACAGACUCAGAGAAGUAAGCGUUUGUGUCGUCCAGCCUCACAGCUCGACAUCACACCGGAGAGUUAACGUCCAUCAUUCUGCAGGAUGGUGUCCAUGAUGCUGCAUCCAAACAAAGAGUCCAGUGAUGGAGUUUCCUUCAGGACCUGCUGUGUUUUGCUUUUCCAUCUUGUCUUUCUUCUAGUGCCGUCUGCUGGAGCGCAGCCAGAGUUGAUUUGUUCACAUCAACCAAUCGUAGCCCUGGCUGGUGAUGAUGUCAUUUUGCCAUGUCAUCUUGAACCUGCAGUCAGUGCCAGUUCUGAGACCGUGGUGUGGACCAAACCUGGUUUGGAUCCAAAGUACAUCCAUGUUCACCAAGAUGGAAGACUGAUGUUUGAGCCUCCAAACCCAUCUUAUAAUUUCCGAACAACUCUGUUUUUGGAUGAAAUGAUGAGGGGAAACGUUUUCCUGAAACUCUCCAGUGUGAAAAUCUCUGAUGCCGGAAAAUACUUCUGCUUCCUUCCAUCAAUUAAAAAGGAAGCUUCUGUCCAACUCGCUGUUGGUGCCGUCUCCACGCCCAUCAUAAAGGUUAACUCAGAUAACCCCAACAGUGUGGUGUUGCAGUGUGAGUCUGAAGGCUGGUAUCCAGAGCCCGAGGUGUUUUGGCUGGACGGUGAGGGAAACCUCCUCCCUGCUGGACCUACAGAGACAGUCAGAGGUCCUGAUGACCUCUAUACUGUCAGGAGCAGAAUGACAGUGGAGAAGAGACAAAGCAACAGCUUCACCUGUAGAGUCCAACAGAAGAACAUCAACCAGACCAGACAGACAAACAUCUAUUUUCCAGCUGGUUUAUUCAUCAUCCAGUCUUGUUCUGCUGUUUGGUGCGACGUCGCCCUUGCUGUUAUUGUCACACUUGUCUUGGUGUGCAUCAUCUGGAUCAAGUGGAACCGGGAAACUGUGGAGACGUUAACAAAUGUGGUCAAGAAAUAUCAAAACAAGAUUAAGACGGAUGUCUUUGAGUCAGCUGGACAAAGGAAAUUGGGUGUAGAUAUAUAAAGGAACACCCAGUGCAACGAUGUGACUCACUGAUGUGUUCAUUGUUUAAUAAUGUGGGGAAGAAGCAGAAGUAAAUAUUUAUAUAAUUUGUUACUUGACGCUCAACAUGUUCCCCUACCUAAAUGACAAAAUAGGUGAAUUGUCAGUGCAUUGGCACAUAGUCUUUCAUCUUUGACUGUGACACAAUAAUGGCCAUACUUACAUCUGUGAACAGAACACCUCUCUCCCUCGUUCUGAUUUAUUCAUUUAGCUUUUAAGCUAACAGCUGUCUUGAACAACAUAAGGUCCAGGGCCACUGAGCUGCCGCGCAGUCGCGCAUUCACGUCAAGGUCAGUACGUUCAAUAACGACGCAGCGUUACUUGGAUUAGUAACCGGAAUAUUAUGACUGUUUUGGGAAAAGUAAUCUCUUAAACUGUUCUCCCGGACCUUUAAUGUAUAAAGCCGGUUUACUUUUACAUUCUGCUCAUAUAACUAGCUGUUGAAGCAGUAUUUUGUGCAUCAUAUGAUAACAAAACAGUAUUAAAACUUGCCUUACUGACACCUGCUUUUAAUUACUGUUUUCUAUGUAUCCUUAUUAUUGUUCAAAUACAUAUGUUAAGAUCAUCUGUCUAAGUGUUUUAGGGUCUGUCUAGUCCUUUAGCGCCAUGGUGUGACCUCCACAUCCUGCAGACCGUCUUUGGAAGUUUGUUAAAUUAAGCUAAGAUCAACUCUUACUUUCUUCACUGCACAUUCCUACGUUGUAAUUAGUCGUUUCUCUUACGUUCAGCUGACGCUUUUAUCCAAAGUGACAACUGCUGUAUAGAGGUCGCACGGCUCUGGGGCAACUAGUCUUGCUCAGGGACACACUGGUGGACGCGUCACAGUGGGAAUCUCAUGUGUCACAUGCACUGCGCCAUCACCACCCCAUGAUACACGCAUUGUGUGCAAUUUUGUACUGUAUAUCGAUACUGCAUGUGUUAUCUGCUGCUUGUUUGUUUUGAUGCGUAAUUUUAGGAAUCUUUUAUGUGCCUGUGAUCAACAUAUGAUUAACUCUUACUUUCUUUAUUUUCCCAGUUAUACUGAAUGCUCCAUAUUUGGUGAUAACUGUUUGUUUUGAAAAACAGGAUUCUUAAUAAACCAUUGUAAUAAUAUG